AUGACAGACCCAGCCAACUGGAACCCUUUAACCGCCUCCAACGUCCUCUCCGCCCACGCCCUCAUAAAGCCCUACGUCCAUGAAACCCCGCUCCUCACCAGCAGAGCCCUCAACCGCAUCGCCUCGACCCCCCAAUCGCCCUCCGCGCUCCUCGGCACGCCAUUCGAGGGCCAAACACCCGCCAACCCCAAGAUAAACUUCUUCUUCAAAUGCGAGAAUUUCCAGCGGAUUGGCGCAUUUAAGGCGCGCGGUGCGUUUCAUGCGCUGCUGCGGCUGCUGCAAGUGGUGGGGGCGGAGGAGGUGAGGAGGAGGGGCGUUGUUACGCAUAGUUCUGGUAGUUAUGCCCCUCCCCGUCAACUAGUUGAGUUAAUCGGUUGCAAGACACGAAAUCACGCCCAAGCCCUCUCCCUCGCCGCCUCCACCCUCCACAUCCCCGCCCACAUCGUCAUGCCCUCGAUCUCCACCCGGUCCAAAAUAGCCGGCACCCGCGCCCACGGCGCCCGCAUCGUCUUCUCAGGCCCCACAAGCCAAGAGCGUGAAGCCGUCGUCGCCUCCAUAGUCCGCGAGACCGGCGCUUUUCUCAUCCCGCCCUACAACCACCCCGAUGUCGUUUUGGGCCAGGGGACGGUAGCGGUGGAGAUGGCGAGGCAGGUGCGGGAGCUCGUGGGGCGGGAUGGGAGGGUUAGCGUGCACUGGGCCGAUGGGGAUGGCAGUGCGGAUGCGAAUGCUGCGAAUGAUGCGGAGCCGGGGACGCUGGACGCGGUGAUAACGCCGAUAGGCGGGGGGGGUUUAAAUGCCGGGGUGGCGACGUAUUUCUCGGGCUGCCGCGGCGGGGCACGGCCCUUGGUGUUUGGGGCGGAGCCGUCUUUCCAGGGCGGCGACGACUGCCGGCGCGGACUCGAGCGGGGAUCGCGAAUAACGAGCGUGAAGACGCUGACGGUUGCGGAUGGGUUGCGGACGCCGGUCGGGGAGGUGCCGUGGGAGGUUAUUUCGGAUAAGGGGAAGGUGGAGGGGGUGUAUGCUGUGAGCGAGCGGCAGAUUCGGGAGGCGAUGAGGCUUGUGUUUGAGAGGGUGAAGAUUGUUGUUGAGCCGUCUGCUGUGGUUGGGUUGGCGGUUUGUUUGUUUGAUGAGGGGUUUCGGAGGAGGGUGGAGGAGCAGUGUAGGGUUAGUGGGAAGAGGGGGUGGGAUGUUGGGGUUGUUUUGAGUGGGGGGAAUGUUGGGUUGGAGAGUGUUGGGGAGAUGUUUGGGGGGUCGGAGGGGGAGGGGAGACAGGCAGACGGUGGGAUAUAG